AUGCGAAGUUCCUUGGCUAUUUCUCUUUUCGCUACGGCUACAUUUUUGUUAGCUUUAAUCAUGGCAGCCGAGCCUGUAGUUGGUUCUCCUGUACCGUCUACGAAGGAUGGCAAUGGCAGCAGUAGUAGCUCAAACAAGAAAGGCAAAGAUGACCAAACUGCUUCAGUAAAGGACAAAACUCAAGCAGAAAAGGAUAAAACGCAAAAAGAAGUACAUGAUUAUAUUGCUAGUCAAAAAGCUGAUCAAAACAAAAUUUGGGGUGGCAGCAAAGAACGACCUCAACCUUGGCAAUCGCCUCCGUACUCUCAUCAAAAAGGCAGUAAGAGUUAA